AUGCUGAAUCUACAGCAGUCGAUGAAGAGUAAACGAGGUGUUCUACGGAACAAGAAAGUACUACAAGCAAUUCAUAAUGCACAUGACAAAAAGAAGAAGGAAUCUAUAUUGCAUUCGCUGAUGAACACAUCGUCUCACAAUGAAAGAUCACAAAAUUCGAACAGACCAGAACACAGUUUUGGAUCAGAUGAGCCUCGGCUGAGAGCACAAAGCAGCGAAGAUUGCGCAGUUCAUCGUUUGGAUCCAACAACACCCAAGGAUCUCCAUAUAAUGACGAGAGAAAUCGACGAAGAUGACGUGAACAAAUUGAUGGCGAAAUUGAAAGAAAAACCCAAAACCGAAGCUCCGCCUAUUCAAUUGGAUGCGAAAACACAAUUGGUUUUGGAUCGAGUGACACGAAAAAAGAACGUUGUUCGAUAUAUGAGUGGCGAGAAAAACAAAAAGAAAGGCUCAUCGAGACAACCAACAAAACACUCGAUGCCAUCAUUGGCAACUCCGGCGAGUGAUUCGGCAUCGGCAAUAUCAGCGGUUCGGCUGAUUGAUCAUCGAGAGGACAAUGUCAAAACUGCUAUGUUUCCUGUGGAUCUACACAAUUCACCUUCGUUUAGUAUGAUUGAAGAUGACAAUUAUGAUAAUGUGCCGAAAUUGGAAGAAGUGCUCAAAAUGCCGUCCGAAAACAUUUUUAGUUUGACCGGAAAUCCGACAUGGAUGGAUUAUUUGGAACCAACUGAGGAGGAUAAGGAAGGCGUCGAAGAAGUGUGCCCAGUGGGAAGUGAGCACAUCGAAAUGUUCCAUGAGAAGAAAUUCAAAAUGAAAUCACCACCUGAUGGAAAAAUUCAACUCGAUCAAUGGCUUCCUCUGGCAAAACUGCAAACUCGAGACGAAGUCUAUUUCACAAGUGACAUCGUCUUCUGCAACACUCUUCGAAGCCUCAUCAAUGUUUCCUCUGCAAAAAACUUGAAACCUGGAGAUAGACCACCCCCAGUGAUUUCUUCGAACGAAAUGAAGACACAAUGUGAUGAUGAGGCGCUUUCGGUAUCGAUCUCUGAUCCGACGCCUCAAAAAUACUACUCAUAUUCGAGAGACAAUCCAAUAGUUUCUGCUCGAAGUCGGACGUUUAUCGAUAAGACGAUUAAAUCAAACAAAGAGCUCAAUUGA